AUGUCACUCGAUCUAACGUUGGAUGCCAGCGAGGAAGCCCGCUUUCUGAACAGGAUUAGUCGUCUCGUAAAACGGUUGGCGAGAAAAACCCACUUCACCGCACGAGAGGUGGAGGUUUGCCUAUUAAUUUACUAUAAAAUGGUUCGAGCGGACGAAGGCAGCCUGGGGGGGAUGCUUGUCAGUCGGCACCAGCUGGAUGCCGUGUUCGAUGCGAGCUUUGGCAUCACCGAUAGUGCAACCAUCGGACGCAUCUUCACCGCACUGGACAAGAGCGUUACCACUCACGUCACUAUGGAAACUUGGACCCGAAUGCUGUCGCUGUUUCUGCGGGGAACGUUGGAUGAAAAAAUUGACCAUUGCUUCCGGGCGUACGACAUUUCCGGUGAAGGCCUGAUACGGCGGGAGCACAUGAUGGUCUUGCUCAAGGGUUGCUUUAUCAAGCAGCAGGAAGAGGAUGCCGAGGAGGAUAUAAAGGAUCUAACCGAGCUAAUUAUUCGUCAGUUGGAUAUGGAUCGAGACGGGGCUAUUUCGUUGGACGAUUUUCGGGAAGCUGUGCGCAAAGCUCCUGAAAUGUUGGAAUGUUUCGGACAGGCCCUGCCGGACCGGCCUCAUGUGUAUGCCUUCUCAAGGACGUUCUUGAAUCGGGUGUCGAAGUACUGA